UGCUUGCCCUUGUUUCAGGUGUUAACUCUGGAAGCGUUUUCUGUGUAUUGGAAUCCUCAGUCUAUAUUCUUCUCAGGUAAACCAUCUGAAGAAAUUAAGAAUUUGUUUAAACAAGGAAUAUGCACAAAAAUGGAGCAACCAAAAGGUUAUAAAUACAUGCUUGGUCCAAUCAAUUCAUCAGCACAACUGCAGUUGAAUCCAAAACCAGAAUAUGAUGGCUCAAACUUCAAAAUACCAAAAGCCAGGCUUGCCUUGGAGAUGGAAAAACUAUCAGUUGCAAUAAGCAGAUUUCAGUAUCAUGACCUGAUUGAUCUGCUGGAGUCAUUUGAAAGAAUGUCUCGGGGAGCCCCGUAUAGGAAGUAUCGACCAUUUGUUACAAGCUACAGAGGUCACUACAAAGAAUGGUGGCACUUUGCAUAUAGCUGCGUGCUGGAAGAAACGGUACGUCGUCGACAACGCAACUGGGAUUGGGACCACAUGUCCAAAUUUUGUCAAAUGUGUCGUACGUAUGCCGAGGCGUACCAGAACAAGUUAACUUCUCGUAAAGUACCAACUGAUCUUCAGACAACCCUUGAUAAUUGUGAGAAGGUCAUGGAUGUGUUUAACAUCGUCCUGAUCAGGCAGAAGAUUGAAGUGGAGGUUGAGCGAAUGGAUCGCAAGGAGCAGGAGAUGAAGAAACAGAAAUCUGGUGGUUGGUUCAGUGGCUGGUUUGGAGGAAGUUCUCAGACCAAAGAAGAAGAGGCCCUUACAGCUGCAGCUAUAGCAAAGAAGUUUGAAGAUGCGAUGACACCUGAAGAAAAGAUUAAAUUGUAUCGUGCAAUUGAUUACCAGGAGAAUUCAAAGCCAACCCAGUAUCCUAAAGAAUUUGUUGAAAUUAGCUUGAGCUUUAUGCUGAAAUGUCUCGCAGUGGAAGUACGAGAUGAUUCCCUAGAUAUUCCUCGGGUUCUGUGCACUGAACUGAAAGGUGUUUCCAGUCACAUUGAACGACGACCUUCAGCUGAUGCGGUAAAAGUGAUAAUGCAGCUAGAGGGAUUUACAGUAUUUGGGUUGAAGCAGAACAACAUUAUACCUCAACUUGUCUUAUCCAAGGAGCAGAACAGUGAAGCUCUGUUGGAUGUAUUAUUUGAGACACACCCUAUGGAUGAUACAUGUGAUCAGAGGAUCCGCGUGACUUCAAAAUCUCUGAAAGUGGUGUAUGAUGCUCAGACUAUCAACAAAGUGGUGGAUGUGUUCAAGGCCCCAAAGGAAGUUAAUCUGUCUCAACUGCAAGCCACUGCUGAGUCAAAGCUGGCUGACUUCAAGGAUAUGUCUGCCACGGGACUGCAGUAUGCUAUCCAGCAACAGAGCGUGAUGGAUCUGAAUGUAGACCUGCGAGCCCCGUACAUUAUUGUUCCUCAUGGUGGUUUCUAUUCUGGGAAGGAGAAUGUUCUGGUUGUCAACUUGGGUAGUGUCAAGAUCACAUCUAUACCCCGUGACCGUAGCUCUCCGAGCGUCCGAGCAUUACACAGUCAAGGAACUUCAGAGGAAGAAAUAAUGCAAACUAUGAUAUCUCAAAGUUAUGACCGUUUCAGUUUACAUCUAGAACAAAUGCAGAUUCUAGUAGCUACUGGGGAAGAAAAAUGGGAGGAUGCUCUGACCAGCAAUGAUGUGACACCAAUGCAUUUACUGCAUCCAACUAAUUUGGCAAUUCAGAUGGACAAAUGUCUCAUCACUGAUGAUCCUCGACUACCAAAACUCAAGGUUACUGGUAAUCUUCCCAAUGUGGCAAUAAAUAUUACAGAUGACCGAUUGUUGUCCCUGAUAGCUCUGUUUUCCAGCAUUCCCUUCCCGUCAGAUGACGAACCUCAACCUCUUCAGGAAUCAGCAUCACGAAGUUCAAGUAUGUCUGUAGUAAACAAGUUCCUGGAUCGACCAGGUGAUUUAAAUAAAAGAUUGCGCUCUUCAACAGUCUCACAAUCUGCUGCUGAAAAUAUUGAGUUGGUACAGUUUACUGAAAUGGAAUUAAAUUUUCAGAUGGGAGACUUGAAGGUAAGCAUCUAUCAGGCGAGUCAAGCAGACAAACUACUGGAUUUUAAACUUCUUCGUCUUGAGGUGGAAAUGGUGCAGAAGACAUACAAUAUGACAGUUAUGUUGCGUAUUGGAGGCAUCUCUCUUAUUCACUUGGAUGCAGUUCGUUCUAUCCCCUUGUUGAACACACCAAUGGCUGCUGGUGACUCAAAGUACCUGUUUACAGUUCUCUAUGUGGAUGUAAACAAACGGUCACCAGACUUUCACACAAAACAUGGCUCAGUCCUGAAGUUGGUGGAUAUGAAUUUUACAACACUGAAUGUGUUGUUGCACCAGGAGUCGCUCUUGGCUCUCCUUGAAGUGUCCAACUCUUUCCAAAGUCGGCUGGAGAAGGCACAACAGAAGCCUUUACAGGACCGUGUCGUCACUCAGCCGUCUCCUACGACAGUACCUGUCAGAGCUCCACUCAGCAUCAUUCCAGAGGAUGAGGCUGUAGAAUCAGAGCAAAUCAAAACAAAACAAAAAAGGAGGAGAAGGAAGUCUGUGCAAGAGAUUGAUUUUAAGUUGACUGCGAACCUCGAGUAUUUUAGCGUUGAAAUUGGGAGCAGAAAGUCGAAGAUCGCAGGCCUACUUGUGAAAGGGGCUGUUGCCGGUGUGGUAGUCAAGAAGACGAACACAGUCAUCACUGCUAAGCUUAAGGACAUAGUAAUCAGUGACCCCAACCCCAUAACAAUUCACCCGACUAUCUUGUCGAUCAUGGGACAGGAAGCUCUGUCGGCACAGGUUGUGCUGUAUAACGAGGCUGAACAAGAUGAAGCUCUUGUGGAAAAGGUGGACAUGUCUGUGCAAGCAAAUAUGGCUUGUCUGCGUGUUGUCUUUCUUAACUGGUUUGUCAGCAGCUUGCUUAACUUCCUAAAUUCCUUCCAACGAGCGCAGAAGGCGAUUGUGAAUGCAGCGGCUGGUGCAGCCGAAGCAGCAAAGCACAAUAUGCAGGAAGCAUAUGAGAAGGCAGUCAAGUUAUCUUUAGACAUUAAGUUACAGGCCCCAAUCAUAAUCAUUCCUGUGAACUCUCGGAGUCGUGAUGUACUGAUUAUGGACUUCGGUAAUCUCACCAUGUACAAUAAGUUUAAGACUUUGAAAAUUUACAAUUCUGCAGGUCAUCCUGCUGUGGUGGAUGAGUUGAAUUUGGAUUUGCAAAAUCUGAAGCUCUCCAGGGCAAAGCUGGAUAAUGAAGCCAAGGAUGUAAUUAAUGAAAGCCUUAUUCUACAACCAAUUACUUUUGGCCUGUUGAUGCUGCGCAACCUCUCAGCUGGCUGGUAUAAAGAAAUUGCUGACAUUGAUCUAUCUGGGAGACUGGAGAGUAUUAAUAUAACACUUAGUCAAGAAGAUUUCUCUAAGGUAAUGCAGGUGUUGAGAGAAAACUUUGCUGAAGGUGCAGCGUUAGAACCCACAACUCCAGGUGCGACAGAACAUGAAGUGAAGUUGGGUGAACCUAGAAAGUCGUUGGAGAGACCAAGCACUCUUGAAGGUUUCAAACCUGUAACCUUGGAUGUGGAAGUUGAGGACAGAGAUAAAGAAAGAAUGGCUACAGCUCCUGUUUGUACUUCAAUCAAAUUUACCUUCACAAUGGAAAGUCUGAUUGUGGAUCUUUUCACAGGAGGUUCAAAGGAGCUGCAUGGCGUGUCUUCUCCAGUGCACUUACCGGAAAAUGGACUCGCUCGGUUUAGCUUGCAUAUCCUCUCAUUAAAAGGAAGAAUUCUGUCAGAUAGCUCUAUAAGUACUUCCAUCUUGCUUGUUGAUUGUCUGUUGGAUGAUACCCGCUUCAAGAGCAACUCAAAGAUUAAGCGCCUGAUGGAAAGAAAGCCUGAGAACUCUGGUGUUUUGGGAACUGCAGUUGAAGGUCCAUUCAGAAGUAUGAUUGAUAUGACAUAUCAGCAGAAGGGUUCUGAAAUGUUCGUUGACCUCCGUGUAUUUGGUUUUACGCUGACUGUGUGCCUGAGCUACUUAAUGAAGGUAGCAGAUUUCUUCACCAGUGGUGUGGCAUCUCCUACGACAUUGGUUGAGGAUGCAUCUGCAGAAGGUUUUACCUCACACUCAAGUCAUCACACCGUCAAAUCAUCUAAAGCAAGCAAAGGCAUAACCACGAAGGCAAAGUCAUCAACUGCUGCCGCUGUUGUUGCGCCACCUCCUUCAUCUUCCAUGAUGACUGUCAAUAUUCGUGUUGAGAAACCUGAUAUCAUACUGGUGGAAAACAUGGAUGAUCUGGACACCAAUGCAAUCAUACUUAAUAAUGAAAUCACUUUCAAGCUUCGCAUAGCUGAUAAUCAUCAAGUGAUGACUGGCUCUAUCAAGGACUUGCAACUGUAUUCGUGCUGUUUUAACCCUGAAAGGAGAAGGGAAACUAUGGCUCAGAUUCUGCAUCCAUGCUGCAUUAAUCUGGCAGGUUCUACACCAGAUGGACAAGGCCUUCAUCUGGAUUUAUGUGUGACAGAUAUUAGACUCAGGGUUUCACCUGCUACCAUCGGGCUUCUUAGCAAUGUGCAAGGUCAGCUGGCGGUUGUUUCUGCAGAGGCUGAAGGAGGAUCAAUAGAAGUGGAUUACUCAGAUAUCUGGAAACCUAAGAAGUUUAAUGAUACUGAGUAUUGGUUCCUGAAAACAGAGGUGGGUGAAGAUGCUGUGCUAGGUACAGGAGUAGCGGUAGAGCCAGUGCCGCCAACUGGUGAGAUAUGUAUGCUAACAGCACCAUCAAUUGUGAUCACUAUGGAGGCAGGUGUGGGAAAUCAGACAUUACCCAUGAUCCUAGUGGAUAUUGGCUUUCAAGGCUCGGUUUUGGACUGGAGCACGCAGAUGAACGUAUCCAGCGGCUUGACUCUACAGAUGGCCUAUUACAAUAGUCAGCUGGCGCUGUGGGAGCCCCUCAUUGAACCUGUAGAGCAGGUCAAGGAUGGCAGGCUUACGCAUUGCCCAUGGGAGCUUCGAGCUGAUGUUCAGAUGAAUUCUCAGGAACCCAUUUCGAGCCCACUUUCACAGACAGCCUCUGACUUAGAGGAAUUACCAUUUGCUCCUCCAGCUAUGAGCAUUGAAAUAUCUUCCAAGGAAAACCUGGAGCUGGCAGUUACGAAGACGUGCCUCGAUGUGCUGACAAACCUGGGGAAGGCGUUUCAGAGUGCAAUGACAGAAGGGCCCAAACAACCCAAAACAGUGUCUCCUUACAUGGUUCAGAAUGAUACAGGGCUUGUCAUUACCCUUCUGUUGAGCAAAGGUCCAUUCCAGGUACAAGAUGCUAAAGAGGGUGAUGAAGUCAAACAGGUGGUGCUUCAGAGUGGUGCCGGUGUGGGCCUGUGCCUUGUGGAACCAGAGGAUCUUAAGAUAAAUAUCCUGCCUUCUGGCACCACAUCUGAGAAUAACAUGGUCACGGAGAAGUUUCUUGCUGUACGGGUAAAUGAAAUGAAGGAGUGUGAACUGGAGCUUCCAGUUGUCCGAGCAGAUAAGCGUUACUUUUCACUGAAUCAUCGAGGAGACAGCAAGGACACGUGGGGCCUCGUGUCUGAUAUUACUGUUCAAGAUGGAGGAACAAUUGUUACACUCAGAAGCGUUAUCCAGGUUGUGAAUCACUUCAAUGAGCCCAUCAAUGUGUACUAUAUGACGAAACGUGGAAAUGAGGUGGAGUGUGUAGGAACAGUGGAAUCUGGAGAUCAUAUAAACCUUCCCCUGUCUGCUGUGUACACACCUACUAAUGAGCUUUUCUUCAGUGUUAAAGGGUAUACAGUGUCGGUGACACCAUUUGUCUGGAAGGACUUGCAGAACCAACUCACAACCACCAAACUGUUACAGUGUGAUCCCAAGAGCAAGGAUGACGUGGAACCUUUUUUCAUGAAGAUUGUUGGUGAGAUGGAACAGGUGUAUUAUGAGAAAACAAGUCGACACACGAUGUCGAGCACGUGUUACAACAUCCACUUGCGGCCUGCUGUUAUCCUCAAGAACUUUCUUCCUGUAGAGCUGGUGUGUUGCAUACAGGGCAUCCCCACAGAAAAGAAGAUCAAGGCAGGGGAAAGUAUACAGAUGCCUACCGCAGAACCAGGAAAUACAGUUAUUGUACUUCGGAUUGUAGAUUACCUAGACAAGGAAUGGUCCUGCAAACAUGAAAUUCAACUAAAUGCACCUGAUUUUUCUGUGUGGACAUUUGAUUCCUAUGACAGUAUUCAGAAGGUUUCUUUAGACCUUGGAAUGAAUACCUUGACUAAAAAGGGCUCCAUUGUUAUGUCACUGUACUGUCCCUUCUGGAUGCUCAAUAAGACUGGCGUCAUGCUAACUUAUCGGAAAUCCCGUAAAAUCGAGCGAUCUGAGACUUCUGGAAGUCCCAUUAAGCGUUGGGCAUCGAAUCUUAGUCUCUCUAAUGGCAAGUCAUCUUCAGCAGUGAAUUUGAACAGAGAGGUUACAGUGGCAGCUGGGACGGCUGUGACGGGAGCUGCUACUGCUGCGGUGCAAUCUGAAGAGACUGCUAAUGUAAUUUAUCAUCCUGAGGACUUGAAGGGCCCUAUCCUGUUCUCGUUCAGAGCUAAGUCAUUCUUUGGGAAGAAGAAAGCGUCAGUCAAAGUUGAAGAUGGUGAAUGGUCAGACAAGUUCUCUUUGGAUGUUGCUGGCAGUUCAGGUGUGGUCAGUUGCACCACAGGAGACACCACCUACCAGAUUGGUGUACAUAUUCAGCUGACUCAUUCAACUUUAACGAAGCAGGUGAUAUUCAUGCCAUACUAUGUGUUGGUGAAUAAUGCCAGCUACAUUAUAGAAUGUCAAGAGGCAGAUCGACCUGCUGACCCUUGGAUUAAGGUGAAACCUGGAGAAUGCAGUCCAUUGUGGCCUCGCAGCAAGGACCAGAAGAAGGAGAUGAGAGUGAGAAUACAAGAUACCUCUGAUAUGUCGGCUCCCUUCUCCUACUCCACAGUCCACACCACGAUGCUGAAACUUUUCAACAAGUAUGGAGGUGUAAAUGUUGAUGUGCAGAUGACAGAAGGAGCUGUUUAUGUCACGUUCUCAUUGUACAGCCCUGGCAUGGCUCCAGCGCUUAUUCUCAACCACACCAAUGAUGCUCUCAGCUUGUGGGAGAAGGGCUCAAAUAACAUCAUAACGUUACAACCUCGUGAGAGGCUGCUCUAUGCUUGGGAGAAUCCCACUGGGUCUCACUGUGUUGUCUGGAAUGCUGGCAAAAAGAAAGAGAUCACAGAUGAACUAAGAAAGGAUGGUAUUGGGGAGUGCCAACAAAAUGAAGAUCAGCAGAUGUGGUGGGUGUCGUUCUUAGAUGGGAUGCAGAGAGUAUUGCUUUUCACUCUGGACAUGAGCAUUGCUCGUGAUGCUCAGUCUGCUGGAGAACUUGAGACCAUUGACAAGGAAAUUACUGUCUCAGUACAUGGCCUGGGUCUCUCACUCAUCAAUAAUGUGUCUCGUGUUGAGGUUAUGUACAUAGGCAUUGCCAGUUCGGGCGUGAUCUGGGAGACGUGCAAGUCGAACAAACAGCGUUUCAAACCAUUGAGUGUGAAGGACUGCCUUGCUGUGGAGGAGGCGUUUGUUCGUUACAACAUGGAAGUUAAUGUGGGGAAGGCUGUUAACACUAGAGUACUUGUUGAUUCUAAGACUGAGGUUGACUUUGAGAAUGAGGAGAUGUUACGACCGUUCAAGCGUCGACUUCGCCGCACAUUCCAGACCGGCUUGUGGUUUCAGAUGAAGACAUCGCCACAUCAGUUGCAGCUUCAUGCCAAAGUGAACCGACUGCAGGUCGAUGAUCAGAUGUAUGAUUGUGUGUUCCCAGUUGUGCUUGCUCCAGUCCCUCCACCCAAGAGUGUUGCUGCUGAUAGUGCACUGAAGCCAUUUGCGGAACUAAGUAUCGUGCAGCGUAUAAUGCCACAUAGCAAAGUGCAGCAGUUCAAAUAUUUCAAGGUCCUGAUACAGGAAUUCCAUGUGAAGGUGGAUAUGGGCUUCAUCAAUGCUCUGCUUGAAUUGUUUGAGGCGGAGGAGGUGUCCGAGGCAGAAGAGAUGCGGCUAUUUGAGGAAGAUCGACAGUUAGUGGAUAAGCCACUUCUGUCUCAUGUUACUCUUGUAUCUACCCAGGAGCAGAAGAAUUUCUAUGAUCUCCUUCACUUUUCCCCACUCAAGAUCCACCUAAGCUUCUCUUUGAGUGGGGGGUCAGGACCAAAGGCCCUAGGGCAAGAAACACCUCAGUUCAUGAAUGUCCUGCUACAGAGUCUGGGAGUUACUCUCACUGAUGUACAGGAUGUUGUGUUUAAAUUGGCGUACUUUGAGCGGCAGUAUUCAUUCCUGACGCAGCACCAGCUGAUCUCAGAAGUCACAAUGCACUAUGUGGGGCAGUCUGUGAAACAGCUCUAUGUGCUGGUGUUGGGUUUGGAUGUUAUAGGCAACCCUUACGGACUCGUGCUGGGAUUGACGCAGGGCGUAGAGGAUCUCUUCUACGAACCUUUCCAGGGAGCCAUCCAGGGACCAGGUGAAUUUGCGGAGGGUUUGGUGUUGGGUGUACGAAGUUUGUUUGGACACACGGUUGGUGGCGCUGCUGGUGCUGUUUCUCGCAUAACUGGAGCUAUGGGGAAGGGCAUUGCUGCACUAUCAUUUGACAAGGAUUAUCAGCGCAAGAGACGUGAAGCAAUGAAUCAGCGUCCAGCAAAUGUACAGAUGGGACUUGCACAAAGUGGCAAGGGUCUUGUUAUGGGUGUUGUGGAUGGCGUAUCAGGUGUGUUCCUGAAGCCAAUAUCUGGAGCAAAGCAAGAGGGUGUCGAAGGGUUCUUCAAGGGUGUGGGAAAGGGUGUCAUGGGGCUCGUGACUCGACCUACAGCUGGGGUCAUUGAUUUUGCAAGUGGCUCAUUUGAUGCAGUGAAGAGAGCAGCUGAGAUGAGUGACGAGAUAACAAGGCUGCGACCGCCACGCUUCUUUCAGCAAGAUGGUCUAGUGCGCCCUUAUGUACGCAGAGAGGCAGAAGGCAACAAAUUACUCCAGGAAUUGGAAAAGGGACGCUAUGCCACUACUGACAUAUAUGUCCAUCACAUGGCCAUCGGUCCGGGCAGUAGAGAUGCUCUCAUGUUGACAGACAAACGUGUUAUGUACAUUGUGCACAGUGACAUCUUUGGUGGAUGGCAGGUGGACUGGGACUACACGUGGGGAUCGCUAAGUGCACUGCCUCGAAUUGUAGAGAAAGGUGUCUUCCUGUCUACAGGAGAACAUAAGAAGAAAGUGCUGGGGUUUUUUGGCCAUGGUGAGUCUGGCAAGGUGAUUCUAAUUCAAGACCAAGAUAUUAAAGAGUGGUUGGUGACUAAGAUGGUGCAACUAAUGAAGGUGUAAGGAUGGACUUGUAGAUCCGGUUCAUUAAGCUGUCUUCUAAGGGAAACAUACGUAGCUGGUAAGGAAGUCAACGUCUUAAAUAAACAAAUAAUGGCAUCUUCCAGAUGAUUUUGUUAUAUUUCAUUGACGUGUCACACACAGCUUAUUACAGCAGUUGCUUCAAGACUUUUGCCUUAACGGUAUUUC